CACUGUUUCAUUUAUUUUAUUUUUAUUUUUGGAAUAAAAAAAAUCUCGAAUUUUUCAUCGAUGGCAGAAUCCGAAAACUCAAAGAAAAUGGUGACAUUAAAAUCAAACGACGAUAAAGAAUUUGAAGUUGAAGAAGCAGCAGUUAUUCAAUCGGAAAUGAUUAAGAAUAUGAUCGAAGAUGGAUGUGCUACGAGUGUAAUUCCAUUACCAAAUAUCGAUAGUAAAACGUUAACUAAAGUAAUCGAGUAUCUGAAUAAGCACAUUACUAAGGACGAGGACGAGGAUGAGAACGAGCCCGAUGAUAAAGGAAAGGCUGUGGAAACAGGUGAGGAAGACGAUCUCAAGGAGUUCGAUGAGCAAUUCGUGAGUGUGGAUUGGGAAGAGCUCUUCGAUAUCAUAAUGGCCGCGAAUUAUUUGAACAUUCACGAGUUGAUGGAACUGUGUUGUCAAUCUGCAGCUGAUAGGCUGAAGAACAAGAGUGUUAGAGCUGUUCGCGAGAUGUUAAAGAUCACGAAUGAUCUCACCGAGGAAGAAGAGAAAGAAAUCAUCAACGAUGCUCCGUGGGCAUUUGAAGGUCCUGAGAUUGAUGAUACCGUUAACUAGGUUAUAGUAAUCGUAUCGUUUAUUAAUAAGUUAGAUAGUCGAGGUGUGUCCAAGCUGAUCCUGAUACUAUAUUUAUCAUAGAAAUAUUUAAUAAGUAGUGGCUAAAGGGUCUAUGGAAGUUUUGGAUAUAAUGUUAGUUCUUUUACUUUACUUGUUAUUCAUGGUGUUUUAGUGUAU